CCCAUCUUAGAGUGGAGGGGAGGAUGAGAAGGAGCCGGGAGCACCCCCAAAAUACCAAAGCGUUGGGGAAACACGGGGCGUUCGGGUCAACCCCACGCUCUGAUAGGUUUCCUGCAGCGGCAAAGCCUUCAGGAGCCGCUGUGGGCUGUACUUCGGGACUGGGGGACACGCUGCGACACUUGGUGUGGAGGGGGCAGGGGUUGGGAAGCAGACUCCCGUCCCGGGCCUCCGGAGCCGGUCAGACGGCGGAGCCGGGCCUCGGGACUGGACAUGCUAGUAAUUGCUAUGUAAAGCACCUCUAACAUGGACCAUCUUUGGGAAAUUUGCCAAACAUGAAGAUCCCUGUCCUUAAAAGACAGAUUGGCUCCAUGUCAGUCCCCGAGAGAGAGGAGAGACAAGAAAGAUGCCUAGCUGAUAAAUGCUGCUUCAACCUUGUUCUGCCAAAGACUGCCUGAUUGUGAGCUGCCCUCCCAGCCAGCAGAAGUGAUGAGGACAGAAGACUUCCUCUGAAUUGGACUGAGGAUCCAUGUUAAUGGACCCCAGUGAGAUCUCCUUGGUGAUUGUGAUUCUCCUGCAGAUUGGCAUUGGGAUCUUAGUGAAUGGAUUCCUCCUCCUGUUUUAUAUCUACACGGUGUCUGCCAACCACAAGCUCAGCUCUUCAGACAUGAUCCAUGCCCAUUUGGUCUUGGCUAACACCACAAUCCUUCUCACUUAUGGAAUUCCAGAGACUAUGUCAACUUGGGGACUGAAAAAUUUUCUGGGUGACAUAGGAUGUAAAAUUCUCAUUUACCUUUACCGUGUAGCCCGGAGUCUAUCCAUCUGUACCACUUGUCUCCUGAGUGUCUUCCAAGCUGUCACUAUAAGCCCCAGCACUUCCCAGUGGGCAAGACUUAAAAUUCAGUUACCUAAGUACAUCCCACCCUCCUGUAUUUUCCUGUGGAUCCUCGGUUUCCUGAUUGAUGUAAGCACACUGCUGCUUGUAAGAGGUCCCCAAAACAGCACCAGAGUUCUAUUCAUGUACGAUCUUAAAUAUUGCUCAGUAGUUUCUCUCAGUGCAGAAACUGCCCUGGCAAUUGCAGUUAUUCUCUCUAUCCGGGAUUUGUUCUUCGUGGGGAUCAUGAUUGGGGCCAGUGGCUACAUGGUGUUUGUCCUGCACAGACACCACCAGCGAGUCCAGCACCUUCAUGGACCCAGUCACUCCCCCAGAGUGAUGCCUGAGAUCAGAGCAGCCAAGAGAGUCAUUGCCCUGGUAGCUCCUUAUGUCCUCCUAUAUGGGCGACAGUCCAUCAUGUUGAGUAUUUUACUUAACAGGAAAGAAAAUUCUCCUCUGCUAGUGAAGAGCCAUGUGGUUUGGUCACCAACCUUCUCAGCCAUCAGUCCAUUCCUGGUGAUUCACAGUGACAGGAGAAUAAGAACAUUAUGGAAAAAGCAAUCUCCUAUUUUCAACAUGUAUCCUUCAGAAGAUCCCAAGGAAGUUGCCUGUGCUCCCACAGUUCUUCCUUGUGUCCCAAAGUGAGUGGGUCAGGGAUCUGCAAAGUGGAAAUAUAAGGAGCUCCCAUAUGGUCAGAGACUGAACUCCCUGAAGGAGCUAGUCCUCAAGCCUAGAGGAAUGGUGGUGUGCCGACCUCUGCAUUUCAUUAGUACAUCCCAAUGCUAGGUCACCCAGGAAAGGGAUUUGAGCUUGAUCCUGUUCCUUAAAAAAUAGCUCCAUACCUGAGAAUUGUCAGAUUUAUCAGCCAAAAGACACUCCGAGUCAUAAAAUGGCCCAAAGAUUUGAAAUGAAAAACUGAGAGAAUUUACUGAAAAUGAGAGGGAGAAAGAAGAAUGAAGUGUGGGGGGGG